UCUCAUUUUGAAAAAAAAUUCCCGGGGGGUCCCCCCGGACCUCCCUUAUUACAGAUUUUCUGCUUUUUUCAUCAGGACCCACUCUCAUCCCUGGUUAUGCUGUCAUAGUUAGUUGCCGGAGUCCCUGCUUGUACUCAGUGCAAUAUGUAUACUGUUCCUACUUAUUCAGACCUGCCUGAUCCACCCUGGUGCCCUGUGUCUGGUUGGAGUCUCAUCGCAUCGCUCCUGUGGAGGACGGCCCCAUGUGGACAGUUAAGUCACACUUGGAAGACGCUCUGGACUCUUACAGUAAUGCUUUUAUGGCUGAGGACUACAGUUGACUUGCUAACUUUAGGACUGCAGUUGUCAUGAACAGUUUUGCACUCAAAUUUCCAUCAAUGAAGAGUUUAUAACAUCAACCAAACUGACUUCAUGUUAAAACUGUUAAUGUUAUAGUCAGGCUGUCUGUUGUUGCCCAAAUGAGGAUGGGUUCCCUUUUGAGUCUGGUUCCUCUCGAGGUUUCUUCCUCAUGUCGUCUGAGGGAGUUUUUCCUUGCCACCGUCGCCACAGGCUUCAUCAUUGGGGAUAGAUUAGGGAUAAAAUUAGCUCAUGUUUUAAGUCGUUCAAAUUGUGUAAAGCUGCUUUGCGACAAUGUUUAUUGUUAAAAGCGCUUUACAAAUAAACUUGACUUGACUUAAAUGGUGAUUUUUUUUUUUUCUAGACGUACUGAGGUAAAGUUUGGUGUUCCACAAGGUUCUGUCUUGGGUCCACUGCUUUGUUCUUUAUAUAUGUUCCCUCUGGGUGAUAUUCUUCAUAAACAUUGUAUUAGUUUCCAUUGUUAUGCUGCUUAACUGUUAAACACUAGCUUAAUAGAAUUGAGGAAUGUGUGAAGGACAUUAGACACUGGAUGCUUAUUAACUUCCUUCUGCUUAACUCUGAGGUGUAGGCGAACCCACUGAUGAGUCCUGGGACCUUGACACAUACCUGUAUGUUGUUCUAUUAAUAAAGAUUGCACCGAUUUGUUUUGCAGAUCAUGGCCUUAAUCAGAGCGGUUUUGAAGCUGCGAGGGUCCAUGCAGUUGGCAUCUCGAAGCUGGGGUUCUGUCUCUGUGAUCUUUGGAAGCCAAAGAUGCCAACACACAGCACCACAGGAUACCUGUAACUGGCAGCUGCUAGAUAACUGCUUUGAACUCCGUUAUGGUGGCCUUGUGAUGCACUUCAACUAUGUGUGGCUGAGGGAUCACUGCCGCUCGGCCUCGUGCUACAACUCCAAAACCAACCAGCGCAACUUAGACACCGGCAGCAUUGAUCUCAACAUCCGGCCCACCAAGACCCGUGUGGACGAGGAGAAUCUCUUCCUUACAUGGCCUGAUGGUCACAUUACACGCUACAACCUGGCCUGGCUGGCAAAGAACAGCUACGAGGGCCAGAAACAGAGUGCUAUACAACCACGCAUCCUGUGGAACGCCAAGAUUUACACCAACGCUAAGGUGCCUUCUGUCAACUGGGAAAAGUUCAUGAGCUGUGAUGAAGAGCUGAAGACGUUUCUAAACAGCUUCUUGCUGUAUGGUAUUGCGUUUGUAGAGGACGUUCCGGCUACAGUCGAUGCUACGGAAACAGUGACCGGGAGAGUUAGCGUUAUCAGAGAAACGAUGUACGGCCGAAUGUGGAGCUUCACCUCUGAUUUUUCCCGUGGUGACACAGCAUACACAAAGCUGGCCCUGGACCGCCACACGGAUACGUCUUACUUCCAAGAGCCUUGUGGGAUUCAGGUUUUCCACUGUCUGAGGCACGAGGGAACAGGCGGCAAGACUCUGUUAGUGGACGGCUUUUACUCAGCAAGCAAAGUGCUCGAGAAGUCUCCUGAAAACUUUGAGCUUCUCUCACGCGUCCCCAUCAAACAUGAGUUCAUUGAGAACCUUGGCAACCAUAGCAACCACAUGAUCGGCAUCGGCCCUGUUCUCAAUGUCUACCCCUGGAACAAUGAAGUCUACAUGAUGAGGUAUAACAACUAUGACCGUGCCGUGAUAAGCACAGUUCCUCAUGACGUGGUACAGCGCUGGUAUGUGGCACACAGACAGCUCACUGACGAGCUCAGGAGACCCGAGAACGAACUGUGGGUCAAACUCAAACCGGGCAAGGUUCUCUUCAUUGAUAACUGGCGAGUGCUGCAUGGUAGAGAAUCCUUCACUGGACUUCGUCAGCUCUGUGGCUGCUAUUUGACCAGAGAUGACGUCCUCAACACCGCUCGCUCUCUGGGCCUUCAGGCUUGACGAGGGCUCAGCUGACCAGCACCAGAACACCACCAAAGAACAAGCUUAAAGUUGCUGAAAUCUUUGAAUCCCAUAGCAUUUUAGUUAAAGGGUAAGGGCUUCUUUAUCACCACAAGCAAGGAAUCAUUAUUAUGUUUCUGUCAGUUUUAUUAAAGGCACGUUAGGAAGGAUAAGCACUGGGAAAUGAACCUGGGUGAUACAAGGAAGAAAAAUUCUAGCACUUUCACAACAAUGAUAUUCAGUGAUGAUGUAAAUGUUUUUUAAUAUAGAAAAUGUUGCACCAACACAUCAUGGUUUACAUUCAUGUAUUAUUGUCUCAUAUUACACAGACAUGAGUGUUUUAGUGGGAAAUACUCCACUGGUAUUUUUCAUCUGAGCUCCAUCUGGGACAUGGAGAACCAAAACCGUGAGACACAUCUCUGUCACUCGUGAGGAAAUCGAUGAAUUGUUUUGAUAAAUUUGUGAAUGUGUCGAUAUAAUAAAAAGAAAAUCACACAUUGGAUUGAAAAUAUGAAGUUUAUCUUCUCGUGUUGGAAAAACUUGCAUUUUUCAUGCGAAAUGCAUCGCGGAUCUGAGGGACAUAUUAUUUUAAUAAUAUUGUCUGGCUUUUUUUCGUGGUCUAUCAGAUAUAUUCCAUUCAGCUAGCAUGAUACUGAACGAGUCAAAGACGAGUAGCUGAAUGGAAUAUAUCUGAUAGACCAACAUUUUGGGUUCGGCACAGAACUAGUUUGAUACUGAUUUAAAUAAAUAAAUAGUUGUAUUGUUUAAAUACUGCAUUAAAUGAAUGAAAAUGA